UUAACCAAAAUGGUGGUAAACGUUGCCUCAUGGUUUGAAGCUUUCGGCCCUUAACUAAGAUGGCGCCCGGAGGCUUGUUAAAAAUUCCCUUGCCCUCUUUUCUGCCCUCGACUAUCAUGGCUUCCGCGGCGUCGAUCACGUGAUGUCCCCGGACUACGGCGCGGGAGAGGGGGUAGGAGGGCCCUUGAAGGGUGCGCGUUCCCGUGGCGGUGCACCGGGUAGGUUUCAGUCAGAGUCACUAUGGCGGCCGGCGCUGGCAAGGUCGGAAAGUUUCCUGCCUCGUCGGGCACAGCCUGAGCGUGUCCCACCGGCCGCGAGUGGUGGAGGCUGCGGCGGACCCAGCCCGGGGCCUCCAGGCCUCUCCCCCAACCUCCGGGCCGGCCUCCCUCCCCCACCUCCUCGUCCUCCGGGAGCUGCGGCUGCUGUCCCUGAGAUGCGACCCUCGCGGGGGCGACCCUGAAGGGAGGCGGCCGGUGUGCUGAGCAGCAGCCAGGAGCCCAGGCGUCCAGGGACCAACUUCCUGCGGGCGGAGACCCCCGAGCCUCCCCGGGGUCGCGCCUCGCUCGGUCCGCACCGGCCUGCGGAGCCGGAUCCCCGCCCUGGUCGCGGGGACGCCCGCCAGGUGCCGGGGAGUCCCGACUCGGCCUCUGCCCGCGCCUCCGCCGGUGCCCGCUCCUCGCGCCCAGGAACCCGGCCACCGCCGCCUCGGCUCGUGCUGGGCCAGGGACCCCGUGCCACCUCCCGGGCGGCCUCCGCGCCGCAGGGGCCAUGCAGACUGUCCGGCUGGCCGUGUAGACCCCCUCGCCUCUGCCUUUCCACUGUCGAGGCCCUCGAGGACGGGCGGUGGCUGCCCAGAGCUGCUCGGCUACACCUUCUUUCGGCCCGAAAGGACCUUGCUGGCCGCACCGAACCGACCCUUCCUUCAUGCUGCAGUGCUGCAACAUUUCCGCCACCGAGGGGGAAAGGCGGCCGCGAUCCCAAACAAAACACAAGAAUUGGUUUGUGACUCAUCUGCUUGGAUACC